AUGAGAUUGGCAGGCACCCACGCUAUCACUGAUGCGAAUGACAUCGUUCCGGACAUUUCUUUGGGGAUUUUGUCAAGACCGAAACGCUUUGGAAGUUUAACUUUACACGGCAAUUCCUACCUAUCACGAAUCGCCAAGAGUAGAGUGAAGUUCGCUUCGCUUGAGUUGAGUCAAUAUCAGCUCAAUAUUAAAGUCAUUAUUGUCACUGUGCGAGAGCAACACCCGGUAUCCUGA